UUUGGCACACAAUAAGCGUUUAAUAAGUCACAAGCAUUUAUUAAAGGACUAUAUGCCAGGCACUGUGGUAAGUGCUGGUGAUGCAAAAACAGGUCCUGCUCUCAAGAAAUUCACAGUCUAAUGGAGGAGAGACAACAUGUAAACUAAUAUAUUGAAAAAGUGUAGAUAAUAGAGGGAAAGUACUAGUGUUAAAGGGGAUUGGGAAAGGCUUCCAUUAGAAGAUGGAAUUUUAAUUAGGACUUGAAAGAAACCAGGGGAGCCAGGAGAGAAGAGGGAGAGUAGUCCAGGCUGGGGAGACAGCCAGAGAAAAUGCCUGAACUGAGAAAUGGAGUGUCUUGUUUGUGGAACAGGCCAGCUUCCCUGGAUCUAAGAGAGUAUAGGAGGCAUAAGUGUUUAAAAAAAAAAAAACCAGAUUAUGAAGGACUUUGAAUGCCAGAGGAGUUUGUAUUUGAUUCUGAAAAUGAUAAGUGUGUGACACUAUCAGAUCUGAGCUUUAGGCAGAUUUUUUGCUGCUGAACUAAGUGAAGAUGGACUGGAGGCAGACAGGUGAUGAGCCUGCACCUGGGCUGUGACAGUGUCACUGGAGAAAAAUGUGGAGCUAAACUAAAUCCUAUAGGGAAAAGCAACGAAUUUGGAAUUGAAAACAACAGAUCCUUCCUUCUGCCACUUACUAGUCGUUCAAGAAGCAAAUAUUUAAAGGCUUGUCUGUUAGGUAGAGACAAAAAGGAAAUAAGUCCAGAAUGUGUGCCUUCCCUUCUCCAAAACUCAAUUUCUUUUUUUGUUCAAAGAGAUCAGAUCUCCAGUCCCUUUGAAUUGUCUAAGCCAGGAUCUAUCCUUGAGAUCCAGAUGAGGGGGUGGGGCUUGCUCUGAUUCCCCAGGUGUGGGCAGGGCACGGAGGCUGAGUCUUCGACGCUCCGGAAGAAUAGAAAUUCGAGGAGGGCGGAGCCAAGGGGUGGAGCUUGUUGAACUAGGUGGAGGUCCCAGAAGGCCCCGGGAGAACUGACUCGCGCCCCGCGGGGGAUGGGGGCGUUGCAAAAGGGAGGAGCAAAGAAGGCGGAGGAGUGCGUCUCGAGCCCGCAACCGUUGGCAAUCCUACCCCGCCCCCAUGAUCACGUGUUGAAACUCGGGCGCCCGGGAUUGGGCAGUGCGGCGCGAGGGGCGGAGCGGAAGGUUCUGGAGAGGGCUGGCGGGCUCUGGAAGCUUCCGCCGGGCGGGUAUAUAGCGUCCGGGCCGGGGCGGCGGCGGAGCCGUAGGGACGGCGGCGGGAGGGUGGGGGCCAUGGGUAAGGAUUACUACCAGACGCUGGGCCUGGCCCGGGGCGCCUCGGACGAAGAGAUCAAGCGAGCCUACCGCCGGCAAGCGCUACGCUACCACCCGGACAAGAACAAGGAGCCUGGCGCCGAGGAGAAGUUCAAGGAGAUCGCCGAGGCCUAUGACGUGCUCAGCGACCCGCGCAAAAGGGACAUCUUCGACCGCUACGGGGAGGAGGGACUGAAGGGUGGUGGCCCUAGUAGUGGUAGCAGUACUGGUCCUAACGGUGCCUCCUUCAGCUACACUUUCCAUGGGGACCCUCAUGCUAUGUUUGCUGAGUUCUUUGGUGGCCGCAAUCCUUUUGACACCUUUUUUGGUCAACGAAACGGGGAAGAAGGCAUGGACAUUGAUGACCCAUUUUCUGGCUUCCCAGUGGGCAUGGGUGGCUUUACCAAUAUGAACUUUAGUCGACCCCGCCCCACCCAGGAACACAGCCGCCGAAAACAGGAUCCCCCUGUCACCCAUGACCUGCGGGUCUCACUUGAGGAGAUCUAUAGUGGUUGUACCAAAAAGAUGAAGAUCUCCCACAAGCGGCUUAACCCCGAUGGGAAGAGCAUCCGCAAUGAGGACAAGAUCCUGACCAUUGAAGUGAAAAGAGGGUGGAAAGAGGGGACCAAGAUUACCUUCCCAAAAGAGGGGGACCAAACCUCUACCAACAUUCCAGCUGACAUUGUCUUUGUUUUAAAGGACAAGCCACACAAUAUAUUUAAGAGAGACGGGUCUGAUGUGAUUUACCCUGCAAGGAUCUCCCUCCGUGAGGCCCUGUGUGGCUGUACAGUGAAUGUCCCAACGCUGGAUGGCAGGACCAUACCCAUAGUGUUCAAGGAUGUCAUCAGGCCCGGAAUGAGGCGGAAGGUUCCUGGAGAAGGCCUUCCCCUCCCCAAAACACCAGAAAAACGUGGGGACCUCAUUAUUGAAUUUGAAGUGAAUUUCCCUGACAGAAUUCCCCCGUCUUCAAGAACCGUCCUGGAGCAGAUCCUGCCUAUAUAGCAAUCUCUGCUCCUCAAGGACUGAACCAAGGACAUUUCCAAAGCUCAAGGUUUUCUGGACCAUCUCCAACAGUUGUGGGCCCCCAGGGUGGGAGGGACCACAGAGGGUUUUCAUAUGCUGAAUGUUUCCAGAGAAUAUAUUACAAUCUUUCAAAGUCUUGCAUUAGGCUUCAGUGGUUUUUCAAACAAUAGGUUCACAGGUAAUGGGGUAGCACAAAAGCAUUCCAAGGAAUUUGACCCUCUUUAAUGGUGCCAGUAUAACUAAUCUCCUCCCCCUUUUCCCAGAAACAAUUAAGUUUUCUGUCAUCUCCAGCUCAGACCCUGAGUUGUAUCAACUACCCUUGAAUAUACACACUCCCUCCUUUAGAUGGAAAGCAUUAUACCACAUAAUUGGACUCUGCUGUUCUUUAGCAUUUUUGGCUCUUACUCUUAGUUGAUGUCUGCCUGGAGUACAGUCCUGGUUACAAGACCAUUUCUGCUCCUCAUUGCUGUUUGUGGUGUUACUGAUAUGUAUUUUAUUCCAACUUUGUCUUCACGUGUCUCAUUUUUGCUUCUGAAAAUAAUUACAUCCUUUCUUGCUGUCCCAGAAUGAAACCUUAUAAUUUACCUUGAGAAUUGCCUUGAUGGUGUCCAAAAGCCAACAAAAAGGGAGGCUUGGGUAACCAGUGGGGCAUUCUAAAAUUCUUUCUCUAUAGUCAUUUCUUUAUAGCCCAUUCAUAGGCUGGGGUCCAUUAUUGUCUUUUCCUCUUAUUGGCUCACCUGGGAUGUACAGGAUAUCGCAUUAACCCUUCGAAUCCCUUAACCCCUGACCCAAUCUGAAGAAAUGGACUCUGGACUCUUAUCAAAGGGAUCCAAUCCUUUUGAAUUUAGCACAGCCCUAGUUAUAAUCCCUUUUGAUAAAAGGGUCUUUGCUUCUGAUACAGGAGCACCAUGGAUCUUCUGUAAAUAAUUUUUGUAUAAAUCUGUAUAAAUUUGGUGUGCACUUACAAAAAACCCAAUGCAUUACAGCUGCUGCUCUCUGUAUGGGGCCAUAUUGGAAUUAAAAUGAAAUUUUUGGGGUUGUUUUUUUUGGAACAACUUUGUCUCUUCCCUGGAAAUGGGUCUGGUACUCAGGCCUAUAGAUUUAAUUGUAAGGUUGCUGCUGCAGACACGAGACCAAAGCAUAUGACUUGUCAAUGUGCAGUACGUCAGGAUUAAAGACUGAUGCUAAACACAGGAAA